AUGAAGGUCGUCGAGGCUCAGGCUGCUGUGCUCAGUAACUAUGAAGUGCUGCAACAUCUGACCCAGCAAAAGGACCGAUAUAAACAGAGGAAACGACGCGGCCCUCCUAACCUGGAGACGGUCGUCAGGGAGCUCAUCCAAUAUCUGCAGUCACAUCCCAAUCCAUUGAGCCAGAAGCCCAGCACAUACACCCCCAACUCCAUCUCUCAGCUGCUUGAACGUCUGAGUCCUUAUGAGCUCUCCAAGGGAGAGGUUGUCAUGAUUCUCAACCUUCGACCAGCUUCGGUAGCAGCUCUUAACACCGUCAUCGAGGAGAUGGGAGAGCGCUUCAGCGACGAGCAGCAAGAGGAAAUGGUAACCAUUAUUCUGGAAGUUUUGGGCCAGUUCGAGGCAGCGGGGCCUGAUGCGAACGGCAACGCAGACGACGCCGCGGAGACUGGAAAUGUUUCAUGA